AGCCCCUCCCCCCUUUUUUUAGGCUAGCUAUAGAUCUAGCUGUACACAGUAUAUACUCAUUGAUUGAAAGCCAUGGAUCGCAGGAGAUUGCAAGUGUUCCUGACAACAUGUUUACUGUACAUCUCCAUUGCAUUACAUGCACCAGCAAGUGCUCAAGUCUGCCAGCCCAUAGGAACGAUUACACAGGACUCCCAACUGACUAGCAGUGACCUCACUACCUGUAAGACGUACCCUGGUGACCUCACCAUUGGAGUCAGCGACUGUUCCCAACCGUGUCAAGUGUCAUCAAUACCAGUGCUACAACUCGCAACCAUCCAAGGCUCUCUUAAAAUUAAUUGUUGUCCUAACCUGAUUACCAUUGGUGGUUUCAACCUUCUUACUUCUGUUCGUUCGAUUGACAUUUACUACAACGCUAACCUGACAAGCAUUACUGCAUUUGCAAGCAUCACUCAACUACAGGGCUACCUUCGAGUGGCUCAAAAUCCUAAACUUGCAUCGAUCAUCGAACUUUCUGCAUUGAGAAAUAUUGGAUCGUACCUCGAGAUUGAUCGAAAUCCGUCCCUCACAGAUGUGAGCUUCAGCCGGCUGACAGCAAUUGGUGGAGCUGAUACAGUCGCUGGACACGCUCUUAGCAUAGGCUACACUGCACUGCAGUCCUUAUCAGGAUUCGGAGCAUUAAGUAGCAUAUCUUAUGGUACUGUGAGGAUUGAAGGCAACACUGCACUGUGCUAUGCAGGGUACCCCCAGUGGGGGGAGAUAGGGCAGUUUGCAAGCAGGGAUAGCAGUUCUGGUGCUGAUAAGGGACUGGACUGGAGGCAGCUGUUAUCUGUGAGUAAUCAGUGGCAGUACACGUGGGGCGUGGAGGGAGGGGGAAUACCCACACUGCUGAUACGGGACAAUGCUCCAGCUGGAUCAUGUGAAUCUGCAUCCUGUUCUUCCUUCUGUGAGGCCAAUGCUGGUUGCCUGGGGCCAGUAGGUGUGGCCUUGUGUGGCAGCUGUGCUACUUUAGCUGGAGGCGUCAACCCGUGCGACAUCAUCCCCUCAACACCCUCUCCUGUCGACAUUACCACUAUCAUAGUGGCUGUGGUUGCGAGCAUUGUUGGCAUUGCGGUGCUAGUGCUGUUGCCACUAGGGAUAUGGGGGUGUGUCGUUGUGGGCAGGAGGUACAAGGAGCUGCGGCAAGGGAGCUUUGACAUCUCAACAAAUUCUGUGGAAGAUGGUUUUUCUCUGAGAAGCAAAUCCGGAGGCUCUCAACAGAUAGCAACAGUUGCCGAGCCAACCACUGGGUCCAGCGUCACUCGAAAGGGGGUCAAAUACACGCCCAAACUUGACUCUGUCGUUAUCCUUAGCAACAAAAUGAAUGAAACUUCCAAUGAUUACGAUACUCCGAGAAGCUCGUACGGAGGUCAGAGUUCAGCUGCCGAUGAGGUGCCACCUGCUCUGCCAGCUCCUCGACAAUCAAGAUCAUCCAAACGGUCACUCGGUGAAUCGCGUCCCAAAUCAGACUCUGCUAUACUGGAUCGUGCCCCCCAGAAGAGGAAUAGUGCGUCUAGUCUAAUGGAAGGAUCACGAGAGCCAGGUACAGAGGACAUCUUGAAGCGCCUGAGGGAGGAACGUGCUGAGGUGCCAAUGGACUUCCCCUGGGACAGUAUUAAACUAGGCAAGGAGCUCGGGACAGGAGACUUUGGGAAGGUGUUCCAUGCUGAGGCCCGAAAACUGUUACCGGGACAGAAGAAGACAGCUGUGAUGGUGAAGCAGCUCAAGGAGGGGGCCAGUACGGAGGAGAGGGAGACCUUUCUCAGACCUGUUGAGGCCAUGAAAGUCCUCCAGCACUCCAACGUCCUCUCUCUGCUUGGAGUGAGUAUGAAGGGACCCUCCAUUUAUGUCCUACUUGAGUACUGUUCCCAAGGCAACUUCAAGACAUUCCUCGUACGCAAGAGAAGAGAGUCGAUGGCUCUCAAGCAGAGCAACCAGCUCAUCGGCAUGACGAUAGAUAUGGCGGCUGGCCUCGACUACCUCCACUCUAUGAACAUUGCUCACAAUGAUUUUGCAGCCCGGAGUUGCCUAGUUACCAGUGAGGGGCAGGUGAAGCUGGGAGACUAUGGAAUCACACGACAGACAUUCAAGGAGGACUACUACGCCCGCAAGCCCUCACAGAAGGCUCUACCUAUUCGCUGGAUGCCUCCGGAGCUCAUUGUCAUCAAGGACAGGAACACUCUCACCUCUCUCCCUGUCUCCAUGCCCGGCAAUAUAUGGUCCUUUGGUGUUGCACUAUGGGAGGUGUCCAGCUUUGCUCAGUGGCCGUACGAUGACCUCAGCAAUGAGGAGGUGCUCCAGACACUCAAGACCACUGGCAAGUGCAUACUGGAGAAUCCACUCAGAGACACCGACCACAUGGCACCACUGUUUGAUAUUUGUCAGUCGUGUUGGCAACCAGUUGAACUUCGACCCUCCAUGAGUGAACUACACAGUCAACUGAAGGACCUAACGAACCCCUCCUCCAACAAUAGACGCAGUACCACACCCACAAGUGCCACACCCACAAGACACACCCCUCAGGGCAAAGCUACCACUACGAGAUCAAAGAGCCAAUCGUUCCUCCCCAUCACUCCUCGCGAGGAGGCUACAAACGACGACACUCUGAAACGUACAUCUCAAUAUAAACCGCGACGUGCUGCUCCCUCAAAACCAGCUCCAAGUCGUCCUGCCCCAGGGCGUCCUAACAACUACACGUCCACGUUCCCACGCUCUAUAAAGGGGAGAUCAGGUGACAGUCAAGAGGAGCCCCUGGUCAUUAGUAACACUGCCAGUCUAGACGACGAUGAACAGCCUAAAGUGAGUACAAGUGUGUCCGGUGGAAGGAAGCUAGCUAAGAAAGACCCGACGUAUAAGAAGAAGACUGAGAGCACAGAAGCUUUACUGACCGAGUCGUUGUCUCCUAAUGAUAGGGGCACUACGAAAACUACCCAUUCCACUGCGGCCAAAUCCAAGUCCAUAUCACGUUAUGAUCCUCUAGCCGCUAAGAAGAAAACACCUGCAAAGACGUCGGGAACUGCAGAGAAACGAGUGAAUAAAUCGACCCACUCAAUGGAACCUGAUCGCAACAGGAGAGAGUUGCCCCACCUCAAAGAAAUGAACCAAGCCCUACAAGAUAACCAAGCAAUGGCUGAUGGUGAAGACGACUUUAUCCUCGAUCCACCGCAGAAAUUCUCUCAGGAAGAUUUGGAAAUAGAGGAGCCUCAAAAUGCCACAGGGGGUGCUCUACAUUUCCAAGACAUUUCAGAGGAUAACGAGCCACUGAGAGGGGCUCCCCCCUCGAACGAGAGGAGACGAUGGUCUAACAUGGAGCGGAAAAUUCAAGGCAAAAAAUUGGGCGGUAAGAUUUUGAGUCGCCAAAAGACACCGGCCAAUUUAGGGCCUGAUGAUGACAACGAUUAUGAUGAUGUCAUAAUACCGCAACUUGACGAUAAUAUUUAUGAUGACAUCAUACCACCGAAUCCACCUGCCGAUAAUGAUUACGUUGACAUGGAUGAUUACCCGUUUGACGAGUCUGAGGAUGGGUUUAACGACUACGACAUGCCUGAGGCUAUGGAGGAGGACAAACUUCCCAACACAGUCUACGAUGAAGAAGUGGCAGCUCUCAUCUGGUGAACUAUGUAAACUCUAUUUAACAGAAUAUACUAGUAAUUUAGAACUUGUGUAAUUAUACGUUACCUAUAAUGCAAAGCCCCCUAACAUUGACAUAGACAUUUUUAAUUAGUUAAUUUGUUUUUUAAUAAUAACGCGAGUAUGAAUAAUAAUAAUUGCAAAUUGAGUUGACACAACAUAAUAAUAAUUAUUAAGUGAUUGUUCAGUUA